CUUUGUUUUGUUAAAAUGCCCCGUCGUUCAAGAGUGCCGCCGUCGCGCAAUCCUCACGGUCUUGGAGCACAUGAACGAUCCGACGAAUCAUCUUCCGACAUCAGCACUGUUGCCGUGUCGCCACAGAAUGUCCAUCGAAGUCGCAGACGAUCAGUAUCGGAAAACAGAACCAGCAGUACUCGUUCCUCCGCAAGACCCCAACCCAGACAGAGAUCGGUUUCCACAAGAGUGACCAAUGCUCUGGCGGAAAUCCACCGCUUGCAGCAAUCGACUUGUUUGCUGAUUCCAAAAUUGCCUUUUGCGAGGCUCAUUCGAGAAAUCAUGAUGCAGUACACAGGCCGCAAUCUACGAAUCACCCGGGAGGCAUUAAUGGCGAUUCAGGAGGCGGCGGAAAUAUAUCUUGUUAUGCUUUUCGAGGAUACCCAAAAAUUGGCAUUACACCGACAACGGGUGACAAUCACAAAGAAGGACAUGGACAUGGCCCUGUACUUUCGCAUUUCAUGAUUGCACCAAGCAUGUUUACAGACUGGGC